ACCUUUAACUUGUUUUAUAAACACUUUAACCUCCGUUUCUUCCCUUACAUUUAUACUUUUACAACUUUAUACCGUAUGGACGCAAUAUAACACCGGAGUAGAUUCGAUAAGGAAUGGCCUCUGCUCCUUUCUGGUCUGAGGAGGACUUCUCCUGUUCCAUCUGUCUGGAUGUGUUCAAGCGCCCAGUCUCCACACCAUGUGGACACAACUUCUGCAGAGCCUGUAUUACAACAUUCUGGGAUGAGCAAGUCCAGUCCAACUGUCCUUUUUGCAACGAGCUGUUCGACGCAAGACCUGUUUUACGGGUUAAUACCUUCAUAUCAGGGAUGGUUGAUCAGUUUAGAAGUUCUGUACGCGUCAAAGAGCAGCCUUGCGUUGAACCCGGAGAAGUUCCUUGUGACGUCUGCACUGGGACCCAGCUGAAGGCAGUGAAGUCCUGCCUGGUGUGUUAUACCUCUUAUUGCCAGACCCACCUGGAGCCACAUCAGAGAGUCUCCCGUCUGAAGACACAUCAGCUGGUCGACCCUUUGGACAGUCUGGAAGACAGGAUGUGUAAGAAACACCACCGACUCCUGGAGCUCUUCUGUCGGACUGACCAGGUGUGUGUGUGUGUGUUGUGCACAAUGACAGACCACAAGUCACAUCCUGUUGUACCUCUGAAGGAGGAAUAUGAAGUGAAGACGGCCCAGCUGGGGAAGAUAGAGGCUGAAGUUCAGCAGAUGAUCAAGGAGAGACAACGAAAGAUUAAAGACAUCAUAGACAGGGUGGACCACAGCAAAGCAGACGCAGACAGAGAGAUAGCCGAUGGUGUGCAGGUCCUCACUGCUCUGAGGCCUUCUGUUGAAAGCCUCAUCAAAGAGCUGGAGCAGGAAAUAAAAGAUCUGACCAAUAGAAGCUCAGAGGUGAAGCAGUUCACCCAAACUGAAGACCACCUCCACCUCCUCCAGACCUUCAGAUCCCUGAAGGAUCCUCCACCCACCAGGGACUGGACCACAGUGGAGGUCCGUCCUCCAUCAUAUGUUGGGACCUUGAGGAGAGCCCUGGAUCAGCUGGAGGAGACACUGAACAUGGAGAUGAAGAAGGUGCCUGACCUGAGAUCAGCUCUACACAAGUAUGCCUGUGACCUCACACUGGACCCCAACACGGCCCACAGACACCUCUCUCUGUCUGAGGACAACAGGAAGGUGACGCGGGUUGGAGAGGACCAGUCGUAUCCGGAUCACCCAGACAGAUUUGACUCCCAGUACCAGGUGUUGGGUAGAGAGGCUCUGACUGGCCGCUGUUACUGGGAGGUAGAGUGGGAAGGAGGGGUUCUUAUAGGAGUGACAUACAAAGGAAUCACAAGGAGAGGACUGGGUGGUGACAGCAGGCUUGGAGGGAACAACAAGUCCUGGAGUCUUGAUUGUGAGGAUGGUGGUUACUCUGCCUGGGACAACGGUAUAAAGACAGCCCUCCCUCUCCGCCCCGCUGGCUCCACCAGAGUAGGAGUGUAUCUGGACCGGCCUGCUGGCUCUCUGUCCUUCUACAGAGUGUCCCCAGGUGGAGGAGGGUCCUCAGACACACUGACACACCUCCACACCUUCUGCUCCUCCUUCACCCAGGAGGACCUCCUCCCGGGGGUGUUGGUAGGGUGGGGGGGGUCCUCAGCCUCUCUGUGUCGGUUGUAGACACACACGAAGGGUAGGGUCCUCGGGGCUCGGCGGGGCCUCAGUGUCUCUGUUGGGAGGGGGGGUGAGGCAGGGUGGGGGAGGGUGUGGACACAAACACACCCAGUGGGCUGAGGGUUCUGGUAGGGGGGUUCAGUAUCUCUGUGUCAGUUAUAGUCUCUCUCUGUCUCUGUCUCAGAGUCUCUCUCUCUCUCUCUCUCUCUCUCUCUCUCUCUCUC